AUGGAGAACGCCGCCUCUCGCUUCGGCCAGCACCUCGCGCACACCGAGAAAAAGUAUCGUGACCGCGCGUUGAAGAAGUUGACGGUCUACCUAACGAAGAAGACGGAGUGGACGGAGCUGGAAUGGGACAAGCUCUGGAAGGCGCUGUUCUACUGCAUGUGGAUGAGCGACAAGCGUCCCGUGCAGGAAGAGCUGUCCACCAACUUGGCUGGCCUUGUGCACCGCAUCCCGACCGCCGAGUCAGCGCUGGAAUUCGUGCACUCAUUCUUCCGUACUAUGCAUCGCGAAUGGCACGGCCUGGAUGGCCUCCGAUUGGACAAAUUCUACUCGUUGGUGCGCAAAUUCGUCCGUGAGACGGUGGUACUGCUCCGUGAUCAGGACUGGGAAGAGGAAUUAGUCCAGGAAUUUGUGACGAUUCUGUCCACUGAAGUUGUGAGUCAAUUGCCCAAUGGAUUGCGCAUGCACCUGGCAGAUCUGUACUUGACGGAGAUCCACAAUGCAGCGGGCAAAGACGUGACAACGGAGGCGUUCAUGACGCUGUUGGAGCCGUUCUUCACGUUAUUGAACUCGGAGUAUGAUAAGACGGUGUUCAAGCGUGUACGCGAGUUGGUGUUCGAGGAGAUGCUGACAAAAUACAAGUUUGGAGCUCAACCCGAGAAGGAGAAGGACCAGGAGGACGAGGAGGAGACGGAUGACGAGGAAGAAGAAGACAAGGUGUUCGAACAGGUCGACGUGGCGCAGGUGCAGCACCGGAUCUUUGCGAUUGCGUCGGCGGACGACACGGCAGAGCGCAACCGCGCAGCACUGUACACGCUGUACAAGAAGUUCUUCACUCUGACGCACAUCGACUCGUUCCAGGCUGCACAGGAGGAAGCAGCUAAGCCGAAAAAGACUGUGAAGAAGGAAAAGAAGGACAAGACGCCAAAGGAGGAGCCGGUUGUGAGUGAAGCUGCGAAGGACGAUGAAGUUGGCGAGACGAAAAAGUCGAAAAAGUCCAAGAAACGUAAGGCCAAGAAGAUAGCUGAGGGUGAAAAGAAAAUCAAGAAGCAGAAAGUUGCCGCUGAGGUAAAGACGGAAGAUCAGGAGAAGAAGAAAGAGACCUACACCAGCGUCGUUAAGAGCGGCAAGAGGUUCAAGCGUUGCGGCUCGUGUGGAGGAUUCGGCAAGGGUCUCGUGCCCAAGGACAAGACGCUGUGUGGCCACUGCGAACGCUCCCAGAAGACACAGAAGAAGAAAGCUGCGUCGGCGUCCAAGAAGCGGAAGGCCGAGUCUCAGGCUCAAGCCGCACGGGAGGAGCAGGAGAAGGCUGACGCGAGUAAGAAAGUGACGUUCGGCAAGAGCAAGGCGCUCCGGCAUGAGGUGUCGGUCAAGCGCCUCAAGGCCUCGGCCAAGCGCGAUGCAGUGUCGAAGGAUACCGAGGACAUUAAGGGCGUGCUGAAGGUGACGACGCCGUCUCCAGUUGCCUCCAAGAAGUCCAAGAAGUCGAAGGCAAAGGGACGGAAGGCAGCUGCCGACUUCAUGUAG